UCAUCAACAAAUUCAUCCCCAACCAUUCUCUUCCCCUCCUUGCAAUCCCCUCUGAGGAACAGAUCCUGGCUACCAUCCUCUCGCACAAAGCUAACAAGGCUCCCGACCCUAAUGGCUUCAGCAUGGGAUUCUUCUCUUCGUUAUGGCACAUCAUAAGAGCUGACCUGAUCCAUGCGAUCUGAAGCUUCUUCCCCUCCCCCAUUCAAGUUCACCGAGUCAACCACACCUUCCUCUGCCUCAUCCCCAAAAAGGUGCCAGCUCCUUGCUUGACUUCAGACUGAUUUCGCCUUCAUUAUUGGCAGGAGCAUUGCUGUCAACAUUAUGGUCUGUCAUGAAACUGUCCGAGGAUAUAAAAGUAAAGGGGAUCAAGGACACUGUAACCUUUCUUGAAAUGUGCAAGAUUGCAAGUGAUUUUUUUGUUGUAUAUAUAAAAGCAACCCAGUACAUGAGGCUCCUGCUAUUGUAGGGUUUGGGAGGAGCAAAUAUAAGCAGCCUUAUCUCUUGUUUCGUAGGAGAGACUAAGGGUGUCAAUUUGAUACCGAUACUGAAAUCGAUUGUUUAAAACCAUGCCAAAUCGAACCGAAGGAAUUUCGGUACGGUUUUGGUAUGGGAAAACAGAAUCUUUUUCCGUUCGGUUCGGUUUGGUACGGUAUCGGUAUUGACCAUUCAGUAUACCGAGCCAAACCGAAUACCAACACUUCUUGAGAAACUGCCAAAACGUCAAAACUUUUUUUUUGGUAGAAGCCAAAAGGCUCAAAACUAGAAUUCAAAAACGGAGAAACCCAAAGUUAUUUUUUAUUUUUGGUGGAUAGAACCCAUUUAAAGUGAGUUAAAUUAAAACCGUUUGUAAACCGUAACCAAGCCGUACCGAGUCGGUUCGGUAUCGGUAAUAUGAACUUGAAAAUGUUAACGGUAUGGUAUGGUAUUGGUAUCUAGUAUUAAGUUUCGGUACCAUAUCGAAACCGAAGUUGAAUACCAAAAACCGUACCGAUUGACAUCCCUAGGAGAGACUGUUUCUAAGUUUCGAACCUAUGACCAACAUAUUGCAAUAGUGCAACUUAAAUUUUAUAUAUAUGGAUAACUAAUUAAGGAAAUAUUCAUAAUUUAAUGGACAUCAUCGUUUAUAUCUUGUUACAGGGAGGGGUUCUCUGGGCAAGCGGCAUAGAGGAGUGCACCAAUCGAGGAGUGAAAACAGUUUUGUAAAUAGGAGUCAAAGAGGUCAUUUCAUGUUGCUGUCAAGAACAAUUUAUGGCACUGAUGACAUUAUGCUUGUUGCUUUCAACUGGAGUUUAAUUUCCAAUCUCUGAAGAAACCAGGGGAGGACUUUUCUAUGUUCAUGUCAAAGUUUUGCACAUACGAUGAUGUACACGAACGAUUUGCUGGCGAACUUGAUUUGGAUCCAUCCAAAAUUAGGCUCACCUCCCAGGCUUGUCCUUCUCAGCAGCCAGAUGUCCAAUCAAUUGAGUACAGGAAGAUGAAUGAUUUAUGCACGCCAGUCCUUGCGGAUCAGAUUCCACGUAUGUUUCAUUAUGAAAUAUUGGAUGUCAAUCAUGCCCCUCCGGCGGAAUUUGAAGAUUUGCAAACUGUCUGUUUCGUUUCGUUCGGCAGUAAAUGAUGAGGUGAUGGUCACUCAUAGUAUAAGGCUUCCAAAACAGGGCACAGUAGCAAAUGUAUUUGAUAUCAUAAGAACUUUGGUUGCGCUGUCUCGUCCGAAUGCAGAACUCAGAUUGCUUGGCAUUUCCCUUCACAGGAUCUGUGUGAACAUUCCCCCAAGUGAAAAGAUAGGGAACAUAAAUCCUCGUUUUCUGUCAUCAUUGCGAGUUGAGGAGAUUCCUGAAGAAGAGAAAAAUCUUGGUCCCCGAGAUCGCUUGGUUCCUAUUUUACAGUUCAGAAAAGCUACCGCCAAAGAGCAAAGGUUCUUCUGGUACUUUGGGGAGCCCUUUUUCUUGAUCGUUCAUGAAGGAGAGAGUUUAGCCGAAAUUAAAGUCCGUAUACAGAAGAAAUUUCGGAUUCCAGACGGGAAGUUUGUUCAGUUGAAGUUUUCAUUUAUUCCAUGGAGAGGUCUUACAUCUCGUCAAGAUCUCCAGGAUUCGGACAUUGUAUUCAGUUAUUUUCAGAUACCUUUGGAAAAUGGAAGCAACAUCUUGGAUUGGAGCACUAUGACAGUGUUCCGCACCCUGACUGUUCCUAAAAGGGCUUACGUGGCAAAAAAGGUGAAGUACAAGAUCUUGGAGGGAUCACCAUUUUUGUUGAGGGAAAAAGAACACUGCAUGGUUGCGUGGUACUGGCACCCAGGCACAGGAGCCUAUGAAUGCCACCUCAUCACCUGUGAAUCAACUAUCCCAUACAUAUUGAUGCUUUUGCACAGGCUCUAGUUGGCCCUCACACUGGUGCAGGAUCCACAAGACCAGUUAGCACUCUCUUGCCCUUUUGUAUAUUAGUUAUGACUUGGGCAGCUGGUGUGGAAUAUUUUUCUCUUCCUUGGUAUCUGAUUGCCUAGACAUUCCAUUACUGUUGUAAUGACGUUUUGUCUAAAUUUUGCAGAACCGUUUUCCAUUUUGCGAAGCGGGCAAAAAUCUACUAAGAAAAAUAGCAGCAUUGGCUGAACCCUAAAGUAAGGCAUGCUAUAGCUUGCUAUCAUUGAAUUUGCACCUAGUUAUUAUUAGUACUUUUGUUGAAGACUAAUUUCUUAACAGAUUGCGUUAUAUGUUUUUUUCCUCUAAUAUGUGAUUGGUAAAAGGGAUUGCAAGAGUUGGCUGAUAACCUAGACAUUCCAUCACCGUUGUAGUGACCGUCACCAAAUUUUGUCGAAACAUUGUACAAUUGCGAAGUGGGCAAAAAGUUACAUGGUAAGAGCUUUGUUUUUUGGUGUAUCAAGGACCAAGGUAAAUUAAUAUGAAUGUUUUUAGAUUUCCUAUCAAAAAAAGAAAAAGACCAAGGUAAAUGGUGACAAACACAAACCAAAAGAAUGUCAGCGUGAAAUUGGCCCUUUCAAAAUGGGGAGAAGGUAGAUAUAUUUUUGCUUUUAAUUUUUACAGAAUAAGUGGCUUAUGAAA